AUGGAAGAAAGCUAUUUAGGAAACCCUUCUGAGAAAUUCUUGGAAGAGAAACUGAAGUUGAAUAGAGUUAUUGAUAAUAUACAUAAGAUUGAAGAUGCUAUUCCUAUUAUUCAUAAAAUGUAUCUAGAGCAGCAGAAGCAAUCGGCUGAGAUCUUAAAACACAAAGUCCAGAUGCAGGAUUAUCUAUCAAGAAGUUCUAUUGAAACCCAAUUCAAUGGCUUUAAGGUUGAAAUUGAAGGAAGUAUCUUACAGAGACUGAAGCUGUUCCAAAACCAGGUCAGCGAAUUAAUCCACACAAAAGUCGACAAGCAAGAGUAUAUUGUACACACUAAAGCUUUACCCAAUAUCAUAAAUGACAUGAGAUCUAGCUUUGACAAGAAAAUAGCUACUCUAGAAAAUGAGAAAAUGACCAGCCUUAGAAGGAUGCUAGUUGCCAAAAUUCAAGAGAUAGAUCUCCUAGUUAAUACAAAAGCUAACGAUGCUGAACUCCAAGUUGUGAAGAACAAUAAGGCAGAUGAAGAAGAUAUUAAAGCCAUCCAAGAAGAACUCAAGCAAAUCAAAUCAGUUGUCAGUACAAUUGAGGGAGAGGAUCAUGAAUAUAAUAAUGAUCAAGAUACUACACCGAAUCAUCAAAAGGAGACUCCUUCAGCUAUUAGUGUGGAAGAGAACUCUUCACUGCGAUCCUUGUUUCAGGAUUAUUUAGAGAAAAUUCAGCAAGAUUCAACCAAGAAGCACCUAAAAUACCAGCAAGUUUUACUUAUUGAGGCAAUUAAGAAGAUCUUAUAUGACGAUAACCGAUUUGAAAAUAUGAGAAAAGAAAUACUGAUCCAAAGAGAAGAGAUUGAGCUUAUUCGUAAAGACAAUGAUGAAUUGACUUAUAAAGUCAAGAACUGAGUCACCACAGUAGACAAAGCCAAUGAGUUGAUCGAUCAAAUAAGUAGCUUCAAAGAGCAACUAGAUGCUGAUCACAAAGAGUCUUGUCACAUAAUUUCAAAUUGUCAGAAGCAAUAUCAAGAAUUGGCUUCAAAGCAUAGUAAUUUACAAGCAAAAACAACAGAAACAAGGAAGGAUGCUAUAAAGAGGUUAGUAAACUUGGAAACUACUACUAAAGAGAAUCAGCAUCAGAUCUCUCUGCUCCAAAUGCAGAAGACCAAGUUUGAUAAAAUAGCCGAAAAUGAGAUAUCCAUCAAAAAUAUUGAGCAUAAUUUAGAGAAAGCUAUGAAAGAGUUUGAUAAGAAAAUCAAAGAUUUUAGAGAUGAAUACCAUACUCAAACCCAAGCCUUUACUCAAGAUAUAGAUAGUCUUAGUGAUCCAGUAAGACAAGCACUUGAGAAAAACCAAAGAGAGUCAGAGAAUAUUCUUAAUGAGUUAAAGCACAUUCAGAAGCAAUCAAGAGAUGUCUUUUGAGAGUUUGACAAGUCCAAAGCUAACCUUAUUGAAGUUAUAGAUAAUUUGAGAAUCGAGCAUAUCUCGAAAAACUGUUUAAAGAAUACUAUUUCCAAGAUCAAUCUUGAUACAAAGAUUCUUAUGCAUGAUCAGGUUCAGGCGAAGUCGAGUACUGGAUUCAAAGGAGUUGUUGAUAAAUUUUCAGAAUAUAAAAAGCUAUCUCAAAUGAAUAUUCCGAUGUCUCCAGUGACUUAUGCUAGAGCAACGACUGCUCAGUCUUCCCAGUCAAAAAUAAAUCCAUCACAUUUUCCCAUUCUAAAAUCAAAGAAUGGCUAUAUUACUUCAAGAGAUAUUUCACGUAAUGAUGCAUUCCCACUAAGUGAAGGAGGCUUCAAAUCUUUUGAUGGUAACACUAUAAAAGAGGAGGAAGAAAGGAAGGAGUAUUACAAGAUAAACAAGAAUAAAGCAGGCAAAAAGAAAGACCUUAUUCUAAAAUCUAGGCUCAAUCAAAAGCCAAAUCGAUACAAUGAGGAGCUUAGAAGAUCUAAAUCUGCCAUUAAAGGCCAAACAUCUUCAAGAAAACUUCAUUUAGUUUAA